UAUAAAUUAGUAUAUUAAAUUAUUGAAGAUUCUUAACAAUAAAUUUAAGUGUAAAGCUUCAUUUAAAAUCUAAAACAAUUUAUUUAGUUUGUGUAAGAUAAUUUGAUAUCAAUAAAAAAUAUGUCGAGAUACGGUGUUGAAACAGUAAUCGAUUUUUCAUCUAGCUUAUAUAGACCUUAUAAGACUACUGAGGCUGUUUCAUAGCGAGAAUAGUUGAAGAAUAUGGUAUUAAAAAAAUAUAUGGAUUUAUAUGGCAAAAAGUCUUCCAAACUAGCUGAUGAAAUUCAAAAAGAAGUAAACUAUUACUUCUACAAUUAGCAUGUCAAUGAGGCAGGAAUUAGAAUUCUUAAAUAGAGAAUAGAGAAUUUAGCUAGUAACCCAGCUUUUGGAGCAACAUAAAUAAAAAAAUAAGCAAAUACAGCACUUCCUCCAGUUAGAUAAUCAACUGCAGAAGCCAAUAAAUAAACUGCACCAAAUAAAUAAGAUUAGAGUUAAAAUGAUGACAAUUUAUCAAGAAGAUCAAACGCAAGAUCUAGCCAUAGCUAGCAACUUGCUAAUGCUGGUUUAAAAAUAUUAGGUUAGAGAUCAUAAGGAAAUUAAAAUUAUGAAUUUGAUUAAGUUAGUAUGUCGAGCUCGAGUAGCAGAAAGCCUAAGAGUGUUUAUUAUUUAGAAGGAAGGGAAGAAGAUGAAUGGGCUUAACUAGUUAAAUUUGAUGCUUCUAUGUUUUAAAAGGAAUAGGAAAUGCUUAGGUAGAGACAAUAAUUAAUAAAAUAAAGGCUGAAAGAAGAACUUGAUAAAUAAUUAUAAGAAAAAUAAAAUAAAGUUGAAAAGGAAAAAUAAGAUCAUUAUGAAUACAUAAGAUUUUAAGAUGAAUUAAUAAAAUUACAAGAUGAAGCUGAAAAGAAGAAAGAAAUUGAAAAAUAAAACAGAUUGCAAAAUGAAAAAGCAAUGAGAGAAAAAUAAAAAUAUGAGAUUAAAAUAAAGAGAAGAUAAGAGAGAAUUAGAGAGAAGGAGUUGGAUGAUGCAAUGAUAAACAGGAUCAUUAAAGAGUAGUAAGAUGAGGAAAUCAACCGUCAAAAGAGAAAGGAAAAGGAAAGAGAAAGAUAAAACCAAAUGCUUAUUGAAAACCAAAUCAACAAGUAAAAGCAAGAAGAAGAACUUGUUAAAGAGAAGAAGGAAGAUAUAUUCUUGUAAAAUUAAUAUGCUAAACUUCUGGAUGAUCAAGAGGAAUUCCGAGAAAGAGAGAAGAAAGAAAGAUUUGAUAAAAUUUAAAAAUUAACUAAGAAAUUCGAAAACACCAUUUAAAAGGAUAUAAAAGAGUAAAUUAGAUAAGAAGAUGAAAAGAUGCUCUAACAUAUCUUAGACACCAACAAAAAAAUCGAAUAGGAAGAUAAUGAAAGAAAGCAAAAGGUUAAAGAUUAAAAAGUGUUUAUCAAAUAGUUCCUUGAUUAGCAAAUACAAGAAAAGCAUAAUAGGUAAAUAGAAGAGGAGAAGCUCAAUAAAUAGCAAGCAGAAAUUUGGUAGAAAGACAGAGAGCACUUUUUAGACCACGAAGAUAAAAAGAAAAAAUAUAUUUAAGAUGUUAACAAACAACACCAAAAGAUACUCGUAGAUCAAAUCAAACAAAAGGAUGAUUUAACAUUUAAAGGAAAGAUGUCAAUCGAAGAACUCAAACAAAAUAAAGAUAGAAUUUAAAGAAUUUUGGAUUAAUCUCCAGACUAAGCUUCAUAUAAACAUGCUAAAGAAAAUUCUUUAAAGCGUUCUAUGUGA